CACAUUCCUACGCAGCCAACUGGCGGAGCUGUCCAUGCAGCCCAGCUGCAGGAAGUGGUUAACAAUUUAUGGCAAUUAAAUAAUGCAGACUUAAUGAUACGAAGUCAAAUUAAGCAAAAGGAAAUAUUCAAUUCAAUUUAAUGCCUGUGGCAGACAUUGCGUAUGCUUAACAGAAAUUAAUUUGUGCGUUCAACUCGAAAGAAAAAGCUUUCACACUCGUUCGGAAUACGCCUAAAGCACAUGCGCCCCAAACACAAAGCGAGCGGGAGAGUGACAGUGAGAGUGAGAGUGAGACAGACAAAGCAAGCCUUUAGAUCAAAACUAAUACAAGCAAACGCACAAUGAAACUAAUAACGGUAUUCUAAAACAACAACUUAAAAAUAUAAUAUUUAUAUAUAGUAAUACCAAUUUAUAUGUAAUAAUAAUUCGAUUAUAUAAUAACCCGAAUAUAAUGGAAUAGAAAUCUAAAAAACAAAACAACACAGCUAUAAGAUUAUUUCUACGGCAACAAUAAAUAAAUAAAUAAACAACCAACAACAAUAUUAUUUGUAUAAAAUCAACAACAACAAUUACAACUGGAACAAAUCGUCUACACGUUGAUGUGCGAUUUGAGCGUGUGAAUGUUGGCAGCCCUGGAGCCCUGCCUCGGUGGUUUAGCCUGUACUAGAAGCGAAUAUGAGACGGGACACAACCAUAUCGAUUGCGGCUCCUAAUUUGGCUCUACUUUCAAAAGAGAAUACAAAAUCCAAACAGAUACCGAUACCGAUACCGAAAACGAAAACAAAAACAAAAACGAUACCGAAACAGCUAAUAUGGCCAGCUGGUGUCCAAAUUGUCAUGAACUGCCACCGUUUUAUCCGCCCAUCUCGCCAAAGGGGAUGUCGGGGUGUGAUCAGAGCACUGUCGAAUCAUUGGCCGAUGAUCCAACAGAUUCACCAUUCGAUGCCGAUGAUUGUCUCAAAGUUCGCAAAUAUUGGUGUUUUCUGCUAUCCAGCAUAUUCACAUUCCUUGCUGGCCUGCUCAUUGUAUUAUUAUGGCGAGCGUUUGCAUUCAUCUGCUGCCGCAAGGAGCCGGACCUGGGACCCAACGAUCCCAAACAAAAGGAGCAGAAGGCGUCACGCAACAAACAAGAGUUCGAGGGAACAUUUAUGACAGAAGCAAAAGACUGGGCUGGAGAGCUUAUCUCGGGUCAAACAACAACUGGUCGAAUUUUGGUCGUACUCGUAUUUAUACUCAGCAUUGCAUCUCUCAUUAUAUAUUUUGUUGAUGCAUCUAGCGAAGAAGUUGAAAGAUGCCAAAAAUGGAGUAAUAACAUUACUCAACAGAUCGAUCUCGCAUUCAAUAUAUUUUUUAUGGUUUACUUUUUUAUACGAUUCAUAGCGGCGUCCGAUAAGCUUUGGUUUAUGUUAGAAAUGUACAGUUUUGUAGAUUAUUUUACAAUACCCCCGUCCUUCGUAUCAAUAUAUUUAGAUCGAACAUGGAUCGGUCUUCGAUUUCUUCGAGCGCUACGUCUCAUGACUGUUCCAGAUAUUUUACAAUAUUUAAACGUACUAAAAACAUCGAGCUCAAUACGUUUGGCUCAACUAGUAUCAAUUUUUAUAUCCGUGUGGUUAACAGCAGCGGGCAUUAUACAUCUGCUGGAGAACUCUGGCGAUCCGCUGGAUUUUAAUAAUGCUCAUCGUUUAUCUUAUUGGACCUGUGUCUAUUUCCUAAUUGUGACCAUGUCGACGGUAGGAUAUGGUGACGUUUACUGUGAGACUGUCUUGGGAAGAACAUUUCUCGUGUUCUUUCUGCUCGUCGGCUUGGCCGUGUUCGCUAGUUGGAUACCAGAAAUCACUGAACUGGCUGCCCAGAGAAGCAAAUAUGGUGGAACUUAUAGCAAGGAUCCUAGAAAAAGACAUAUUGUGGUAUGCGGUCACAUAACAUACGAGUCCGUGUCGCAUUUCCUGAAGGACUUUCUGCACGAAGAUCGUGAGGAUGUCGACGUCGAAGUAGUCUUUUUACAUCGUAAACCACCCGAUUUGGAACUUGAGGGUUUGUUCAAACGUCAUUUUACCACCGUGGAGUUCUUCCAAGGAACCAUUAUGAAUCCGAUUGAUCUGCAAAGGGUUAAGGUACACGAAGCCGACGCCUGCCUGGUGCUAGCUAACAAAUAUUGCCAAGAUCCCGACGCAGAAGAUGCUGCCAACAUCAUGAGAGUGAUUUCAAUCAAGAACUACAGCGAUGAUAUAAGAGUCAUCAUACAGCUGAUGCAGUACCACAAUAAGGCGUACUUGCUGAACAUCCCGUCGUGGGACUGGAAACAAGGUGACGAUGUUAUUUGCCUGGCCGAGCUGAAGUUGGGCUUCAUAGCGCAGAGCUGCUUGGCGCCCGGCUUCUCCACCAUGAUGGCCAAUCUGUUUGCAAUGCGAUCCUUCAAGACGUCGCCAGAAAUGCAAUCUUGGACGAAUGAUUACCUGCGCGGCACUGGCAUGGAAAUGUACACUGAAACAUUGAGUCCCACAUUUAUUGGAAUACCGUUUGCUCAGGCCACUGAACUGUGUUUCUCCAAGCUAAAGCUGCUGCUGCUCGCCAUCGAGAUCAAGGGCGCCGAGGAAGGUGCAGACAGCAAGAUUUCCAUAAAUCCGCGGGGCGCCAAGAUUCAGGCGAAUACGCAGGGCUUUUUCAUAGCACAAAGCGCCGAUGAGGUCAAGCGCGCGUGGUUCUACUGCAAGGCGUGCCACGAGGACAUCAAGGACGAGACGCUCAUUAAGAAGUGCAAAUGCAAAAACUUGACUGUUCAGCCGAGGAGCAAAUUUGACGACUUAGAUGUGGGCAUGAUUAUGAUGCAGACAGGGAUGGUCAACCAAGGGAUCACAUCAGUGAUGAAUACAAUGGAGGAUGAACACCAUCCUGCACCCACAUUUACGCCACCAGAGCUACCCAAGCGGGUGCAUGUGCGUGGAUCUGUAUCGGGUGAUAUAACACGUGACAGAGAAGAUACGAAUCUACUCAAUCGGAACGUGCGACGCCCGAACGGAACUGGCAACGGCACAGGUGGCAUGCAUCACAUGAACAAUACGGCCGCUGCAGCAGCGGCCGCCGCAGCGGCGGGCAAGCAGGUGAACAAGGUAAAGCCUACGGUGAACGUGAGCCGGCAGGUGGAGGGCCAGGUUAUAUCGCCGUCGCAGUACAACAGGCCACCAGAAAAUGAUGCUAACCCUUAUGCGGGCUAUCAACUUGCUUACGAAGUUAAAAAGCUCAUGCCAACGAGUCGCAGCUCCGGCACCGGCACACAAAAUCAAAACGGCGGCGUCUCCUUGCCCGCUGGCAUUGCGGACGAUCAGUCCAAGGACUUUGAUUUUGAAAAGACCGAAAUGAAGUAUGACUCCACGGGCAUGUUCCAUUGGAGUCCGGCGAAGAGCUUAGAAGACUGCAUACUGGAUCGCAAUCAGGCGGCCAUGACGGUCCUAAAUGGCCACGUGGUCGUUUGCCUAUUCGCCGAUCCGGACUCACCGCUGAUUGGGCUAAGGAAUCUGGUAAUGCCGUUGCGUGCAUCCAAUUUCCAUUACCACGAGCUGAAGCACGUGGUGAUCGUGGGCUCCGUUGACUACAUACGGCGCGAGUGGAAAAUGCUACAGAAUCUGCCCAAGAUUUCGGUGCUUAACGGAUCGCCGCUGAGUCGUGCCGAUCUGCGGGCGGUCAACGUCAACCUGUGUGAUAUGUGCUGCAUAUUGUCUGCAAAAGUUCCUAGUAACGACGAUCCAACACUGGCCGACAAGGAGGCCAUCCUGGCCUCGCUCAACAUCAAGGCCAUGACCUUUGACGACACGAUUGGCGUGCUGAGCCAGCGCGGGCCGGAGUUCGACAAUCUGAGCGCGACCGCUGGCAGCCCGAUUGUGCUGCAGCGUCGCGGCUCAGUCUAUGGCGCCAACGUGCCCAUGAUAACAGAACUGGUCAAUGAUAGUAACGUGCAGUUUCUCGAUCAAGACGACGACGAUGAUCCAGAUACAGAACUAUAUCUAACGCAGCCGUUCGCCUGCGGCACGGCGUUCGCUGUGAGUGUGUUAGACUCGCUGAUGUCCACGACAUACUUUAAUCAAAAUGCCUUAACACUGAUCCGAUCGCUGAUCACGGGCGGCGCCACACCCGAACUGGAGUUGAUUCUGGCGGAGGGUGCCGGCUUGCGGGGCGGUUACAGUACCAUCGACAGUCUAAGCAACCGCGACAGAUGUCGCGUGGGACAAAUUUCGCUGUACGAUGGGCCGUUGGCGCAGUUCGGCGAGUGCGGAAAGUAUGGGGACUUGUUCGUUGCCGCCCUCAAAUCGUAUGGGAUGCUCUGCAUAGGACUCUACCGGUUCAGGGACACUAGUUCUAGCUGUGAUGCGAGCAGCAAGCGUUAUGUAAUAACCAACCCACCCGAUGACUUCUCAUUACUGCCAACAGAUCAGGUAUUCGUUUUAAUGCAAUUCGAUCCGGGUUUGGAGUACAAGCCGCCCGCAGUGCGUGCGCCCGCUGGCGGUCGCGGCACCAACACACAAGGUUCCGGGGUCGGUGGGGGCGGCUCCAACAAGGAUGAUAACUCUUGAUUGUUACUGUGUAGCGCCUUAACUGAUGGUCCUUAUUCGUACAUUUGAACGUUGGAGAAGUUAAUUGUGAGCAGAGCAACGCAUUUAUGGCAAAAGUAUUGGCACAACAUUUGGCUCAAAGCGCGCCGCGCUCAGCGCAUUCAGGUUUAGCGUUAUAGGCAAUAGGUAUAAUCUGUAUAAGCUGUAAGAACACAACAAACAAACAUACACAUACACACACUAACACACACUUACACCUGUGUAUAUUCUGUGUACCUAUGAGAAUUGUAACUAAAUCAAAAGCUAACCCAAUGGGCGUAAGUUAGGUAAAAAUUUUAAAUGCGUGCCAUAAAUGCGUUACUCUGUGCUUUUAUAUUUGCGGAGACACCGUAACAACAGAGUGCUUCGUCCAUCCUGCUAAACGAUCAAGGAUAACGACAUUGUCGCCACCAACAGAGUCUCUGCAAACAUAAAAGCCACAAAUGUAUUAAAGAAAGAACAACAUCUUUGAUAUCCAUCGUUCAAUUGUCAGCUGAUUGCUUCCCACACCAUUCCGUAUGCCUUUUAGAACCUUGAAAUUGACAUUUUAUCUAUAAUUUUUUUAUCUCUAUCUAUGUAUCUAUAUAUGUAUCCCAAACUAUCCCCAUUUAUUGUAUCUUAUAAUUAUUCUUUCUUUUCGAUUAUUGUUAGUUCGUUUUGGUUUCAGUUUCAUUUCUCUAUAUUAUUAUUUGUAAUCUUUCUCAAUAUGUUUUCAAUAAAUUGUCUCUGUAUACAAUCUUGAGUUUGAAGCAACAAUCAUAAGUUAUUCUUAAACAAUGGGUAUGUACUAGUCAUAGACAUUAUCAUUGUGCCAAUUAAUUUCAUUAGCCAUUAAUUUAACAUUGUUAUCAUUAAUUUAUAUCUUUAAUUCACAUCUUGAGUUCAGUUCAUGGCGCUAUCAUCGCAAUACAAAUCAAAUUAUGCAAUUCGAUAUGAAAAUUCAUCUCAAUGGUGUGACGUAAGCAAUUGGGAACCAUUAGUGAGGUAAGCUACACAUUAAACAAAGAAAACCAAGCAAAAUAUCAACUUAACAACUCUUUACUCUCAACAUGGGAGAGAAUAUGUAUGCAAAGUGCAUCUCUUCUCAAUCUGAGUACACCUGCGUGUGUUAAUUUUGCAUUCAGCUAAAGCUUAGAGAUAACAAAUACUUACACACUAUAGCUUAGUAUAAGCAGGUCUAGGCAAAGCUACAAAUAUGUGUCUAGGCAGCAACAAGAACUACGCUACAAUCGGCAUAUGUAUAUCGAUGCUAGACAUGCACAUACCAAAGAAAAUGAAAAUGAAUAUGAAAAUAAAAAGAAAAACAAAACGGAAAACUAUGUAUCUGAAAAAUUGAUAAAGAUAUUCGAGAAAUCGCUUGACCGCUGAAUGGAAAUCCAAAAGUUGAGUCAUUCAAGUUCAAAAACUGCAUUUAGAUGUUUCUGAGCAUGCGCAAAAAAAUAUAUAUAAAUAAAACUAAAUAAAUAAAUAAAAUUUAUACGAACGUAUUAUUACUAAUUUACCUAUAAUGUUCGCAAAAAAAAAAAAAAAAAAAAAAAAACAAGAAAUUCCUUGCGAUAUUUAAUUGAAAUUGAAACAAUUAAACCUUAUAAACCACAAUCACAUGCAUACAUAUUGAGUAUCUAGGGAAGAAGAGGAAGAAAUAGUAUGGAUAGACGAAUAUUCCAAGUUUUUUAUAUAACAAAGCAUAGUCAACAAAACAAACAAUGGUUGUUUCAGCAAAAAUGAUACUAAUUGCAUACUUAAAGUCAAGUCAAGUGAAGUCAAAUCGUCAUUAGAGUCAAGAAAGAGUCGAAGGCAUGCCCAAGCCCAUGCCACUAGCUAUUUCAGUUUCUUCAGAUUUCAGCAUAUAUGUACAUAUACACUUUAUGUGUGUACAACUUUUUUAAUAAGAAAUAUUUCCUAAUCUCUAAUCAAGGCCAUUCCACGUAAACUUCUCUGUAAUACAUAAAUCCGAAUACUUAAACAUACACACAUCCAUAUAUAUAUAUAUAUAUAUAUAUAUAUAUAUAUAUACACACAUAUAUAUACCUAAAUAUAUAUAUAUUUAAACUAAGUAGCGCAUUUCAAAUCAUAACUAAGCAGUAGCAACACAUACAUACAUACAUACAUUCAAACAUAUGAAUGUAGCUGAAGAUAGUAUAGUACAUGCGAGCAUUGAUAGAUAGAUAGAUCUAUAACUAUCUAAACACAUUUAGCGAGCAGUUGACAAAAAAGAAAAAAAAAAACAAAACGUAGUUAGUAAUAUUUUUAUUGUAUGUAUGAUGUGUGCGGCGCUUUUUACAUGCGUGCCUAUUGAGCAGCAGCUGUGGUGUUCUAAACAAAAUUUUUUUAGAUAAAUAAAACGAAUGUUGACCGAAAGAUGAACUUUUAGUCCUCGCUUUCCCCUUCACUUUCUCAACUUGUCUCAAGCUCUUCUUCUUUGGAAUUGUUCACGCGCUUGCGCUUAAGCCGCUAAUAAAACGCUCUGUGUGUGUUUCUUUUUCGUCUCAUUUCUUUUGUAAAUAUUUGUAAAUAGUUGACUAAAUAUGUAACUCGGAUAAUGUGUAUAAAGAUAGUUAAGCCAUUUCAUUUCGAAGCAUUUGCAUUGCAUUAAUGUUCAGAAUAGUUUUCGGUACAUGGAUUUGUUCAAAUAUUAAACACUGCCAAAGCGUAUAGAAAUCACAUUAAAUGUACUUUAACUGAAAACACAAAAUGCAGAUAAUUCAGUUCAGUUCUCAUUCGAAAUCGAAAUACGAAUAUUCAUAUAUGAUUUUCAAUAACAUGUUGUGACAUCAAUUUAGCUUAUUGAAAUGUAAAAGUUAAUCGAAUUCGAGCUUUUAAUAAUAUGUAACAAAAAAAAAAAAAAAAACAAACAAAAAGGUAAAAAGGUAAAAAUAAAAAUUAACAUUAAGAUUGAUUUUCGGUUAGUUGCGUUUGUUUUGAUAAUAUACACAGUAGCCUUAGGCUUAGACAACAAAUGAAACGAAAAAUUGAACAUUGUGAAUAUUAAGUAUGCGCCUUCAAAGUAACAUGUAACAUAUAUACAGCAUGUACGUAUGUAUGUAUGUAGUGUGAAACAAAAAAAAAAAAAAAAAAAAAAAAUCCAAAAAGAAAAAAUUAUAUUAUAUAAUACGGCAGCAAGUUCAUUUAUUGCUAGGGCUAUUAAAAAGUAAAGUUAAUAUAGAUGAGAAGAAAAAAGCAUUUGCAAUCCUUAUAACAGGCAUAGAGUAAACCCAAAAGUUAAACAUAAUUUUUAAUGAAUAACAUAGUUUAUACAAUUUUUAGAAUUAUAAAUACUCACACACACCCACAUAGACACACAUAGACACACACGUACACACAGACAACCACACGCACAUAUAGAUGCAUCACAUCAGCGAAAAACCCAUUGACAAGAACAACAAAACGAACUCUCGAUGUUGUGAGACUUGAUUAAAUCAUGUUUACGCUAAAUGAAAUUAUAAAAAAAUAAAAUAAAAUACACGAAAUUAAAAAAAAAAAAAAAUCAAAUAAUAUACAGAAUGCAAAACGAGAACUAUCCACAAAUAGCUUAUAAAAUAUAAAUCGAAAAAGCUCUUGAAAAUCUGAACAAAGCUGCGUUCGGCAUUUCUUAUAUACGAAUUGCCUGAUUUCAUAUACAUAAGUUCAUGUCAUUCUAUUCAUUAAUCAAUUUCAUAUUUGCUAAGAUCGAAAGCGCCAACGUUUCAGCUUUGUUCCAAAAAAAAAAAAAAAAUAAAAUAAAAUAAAAUAAAAUAAAUAGAAUUUAAUGAUAAUAUUGUAUAUCGCCUAGAAAUACUCAAUGCCAUAAAACUAGACACAAAUGCAACGUUUUGUAGACAAAUUUCGUGAGUAAAAUGUAAAAAACAUACGUAUAUAUGUAUAUAUACCCAUAUAUAUGUAUAUAUAUGAUAUUCGUAAAUGUAAAGCAUUUUACAGUAGUUAGAUACUUUGUAUAGGAAACAACGUUUGCAGCUAAAAAAAAAAAUAAUUAAAAAAAUAAAAGCAAAACACAAAUGAUAAUUUUAGAUGUUUGGGCGACAAACAAAUGUUAUUUUGUAAUUAUUGCAUACUUUAAAAACAAAAA